AUGACUGGUACGCAUUAUAAAGAAGAGCAAGAACAAGAAUUAGAGGUAUUAAAAUCGAUUUAUCCGGAUGAAUUGGAAGAAUUAGGUGAAGGAGAAUUUCGUAUAACGGUAAAUCCUGAAGAACAGGACAGUUCAGCACCGCUUGUUGUGGCGUUACGAAUAAAAUAUACACCCACAUAUCCAGAAGAAAUUCCUGAGAUUUCGUUAGAAAUUUUGGAGGGCUCAUUAGAAGAGAAUGAACAUGAUAAUUUUUACAAUGACCUAACGAAUACGGCUCGGGAUUCAAUAGGAAUGGCAAUGGUAUUCACAUUAUUAUCAUUCCUCAAAGAUUCCUUAACAACAUUUGUGAUAGAACGACAAGAACAAAGAAAGAAAGCUGAAGAAGAUCGAAUUAGAGAAGAAAUUGAGGCAGAGAAUGCAAAAUUCCAAGGUACAAAAGUAACAGUCGCAUCAUUCUUAGAAUGGAAGGAGAAUUUUGAGCGAGAAGUGGCUGAAAAAGAAAAGGCUACGAAAAGUUUGGCUUUAAUAAAAAAAGAGGAAAUUAGAAAGAAUAAGCUCACUGGUCGACAAUUAUUCGAACAAAAUGAAGAGCUAGCCAAGUCUGAUGCCACAUUUAUAGAAGAAGGCGAUGUUACGGUGGAUAUUUCGUUAUUUGAAAGAGAAGUUGAUAUAGAAAGUGAAGAGGAAGAAAAUAGUGUUCUUGAUUUAGUAAGAAGUAGUAAUGAUUAG